AUGUCGCGCAUAUUAAACCUAAUCAACUUUCAUUUGCGGAGAGAUGUAGCGGCGUGUCGAGGGGGAGCGCACCUUGGGUUGAGAACCAUCUGCUGCACGUCAAGAAAACAAGCAGAGGAGAGCGAUGCGUCCUCAGCUCUCAGAAAGAGGUGGAAGGACACGGCGGACACUGUCAUCAUCGGGGGAGGAUGCGUGGGGGUCAGCGUGGCCUAUCACCUGGCCAAAGGUGGCGUGAAGGAUGUGGUGCUGCUGGAGAAAUCUGACCUGACGGCUGGGUCCACCUGGCACGCCGCUGGCUUGACAACAUAUUACCAUCCAGGCAUCAACGUCAAAAGAGUCCACUACGACAGCCUUAAGUUAUACGAGAGGCUGGAGGCGGAGACUGGACAGGCGGUGGGCUUCCAUCAGCCCGGCAGCGUCCGGAUCGCUGGGACGGCGGCUCGAGUGGAUGAGAUGAAGUACCAGAUGACGCGCACACACUGGAACGUGACUGAACAGUACUUCAUCGGACCCGAGAAAGUCCUCGAACUCUUCCCUCUCCUCGAUAUAAACAAGGUGUUGGCAGGCCUGUACACCCCCGGAGACGGCCACAUCGACCCUUACUCUCUGACUAUGGCCCUGGCUGCCGGUGCUCGCAUGCACGGAGCCCAGAUCUACAACCCGGCCCCGGUCACCGGCCUCAUCCCGACCGCGGACGGCAAGUGGGACGUCCAGACUCCUCACGGGACCAUCCGCGCCAAUCGCAUCGUCAAUGCGACAGGUUUCUGGGCCCGGGAGGUGGGCAAGAUGAUUGGGUUCGAACACGCCACCAUCCCGGUGCACCACCAGUACGUAGUGACGGCAACAGUACCGGAGGUGAAGGCUCUGAAGAAGGAGCUGGCCGUCAUCCGGGACCUGGAGAGCUCUUACUACAUGCGUCAGGAAAGAGACGGCCUGCUGUUCGGCCCGUAUGAAAAGAUGGAGAAGAUGGUGCUGCAGGACUCCUGGGUCAGAGACGGAGUGCCCGCAGGUUUCGGCAAGGAGCUGUUUGAGUCGGACCUUGACAGGAUAAUGGAGCAUAUCGAGAUGGCCAUGGAGAUGGUCCCCGUGCUGAAGGAGGCCGACAUCAUCAACACAGUGUCUGGACCAAUCACGUACACCCCUGACCUGCUGCCCAUGGUCGGACCGCACCAAGGAGUUCGCAACUACUGGACUGCCAUUGGCUUCGGGUAUGGAGUCAUCCACGCUGGCGGGAUCGGUAAGUUCCUGAGUGACUGGAUCAGGAACGGGGAGCCCCCCUACGACCUGAUCGAAUGCGACCCCAACCGCUACGGCAAAUGGUCGGACGUGUCUUUCCUGUGCGCCAAAGCUCGAGAAUCGUACGGCUUCAACAAUGUGGUCGGUUACCCGAAGGAGGAGCGAUUCGCCGGUCGACCGACCUCCCGGAAAAGUGGCGUUUACGAGCUGCUGAAGGACAAAGCGUCCAUGGGCUUCCACUCCGGCUGGGAGCAACCGCACUGGUUCUACAAACCCGGAGACGACGUCGAAUACAAGCCCAGUUUCCGACGCACAAACUGGUUCGGACCGGUCGGCAGGGAGUGCAAGCUGGUGAUGGAGAAGGUGGGCGUGAUCGACCUGACGCCCUUCGGCAAGUUCCUCGUGAAGGGGAAGGACUCGCACAAGCUGCUGGACCGCCUGUUUGCCAACACCAUGCCCAAGGUGGGCCUCACUAACAUCAGCCACAUGUUGACACCCACCGGGAGAGUCUUUGCCGAGGUCACCAUCACCCAGCUGUCGCCGGGAGAGUUCCUGCUCAUCACGGGCGCGGGGUCGGAGGGACAUGACCUCAGGUGGAUAGAGGCAGAAGCUGAAGACGGAAGGUACGACGUGGACAUCUGCAACGUGACGGAGGAUAUAGGCGUGCUGGGCAUCGCGGGACCGAACUCGCGUAAAGUUCUUCAGAAGCUGACGGAUGAGGAUUUGAGCGACGCCGGGUUCAAGUUUCUCCACUGCAAGGUCGUCGAGUUGGCCGGCGUUUCCGUCCGGGCCAUCAGGAUCUCCUACACAGGUGAGCUCGGGUGGGAGCUGUACAUCGAGCAGAAAAACAUGGCGACUGUGUACCAGGCCAUGAUGGAAGCAGGAAAAGACGAGGGCAUCGACAAUUUCGGCACCUACGCCAUGGCCUCCCUCAGACUGGAAAAGGGCUUCAGAGGCUGGGGAGCCGAGAUGAACUGUGACACAAAUCCUCUGGAGGCUGGAUUGGAUUAUUUCAUCAAAAUGAACAAGCCUGCUGACUUUAUUGGCAAAGCCGCCGUUCAGGAGAUCAAAGCCAAGGGCCUGAAGAGGAAGCUCUCCUACAUCACGCUGGACACGGAUGACAUCGACCCCGAGGGCAACGAGACCAUCUGGCACAACGGCAAGGUGGUCGGCAACACGACGUCCGGAGCCUACAGCUACAGCAGCCAGCAGAGCCUGGCGUUCGCCUACCUGCCCGUGGAGCUGUGCUCGGUGGGCCAGAAGCUGUCGGUGGAGCUGCUGGGGAGGAAAUACCGCGCCAUGGUCAUCCAGGAGCCCUUAGCCCUCACCGAGCCCACGCGGACCCGGCUGCAGAAGAAGGCAAAGGGGAAAGCAUAA